CUUGCACAUACAACAUAUUCAUAAAAUCAUGCAAAUUAGUAAAAAAAUAUUAUAUAUCAAAAAAAUUGUACUCAAUUCAUAUUGCGUCUCGACAUUUCGUUGUUUUAUUAUGAUGUUUGAGAUGAUGUUGCCUCCUUCACUGCCUUUUCUUCCAGGAUUUUCCUUCACCAAUGCAAAUCGAGAACUUGGAGAAGAAAUUAGGAGAAAUCAAAAGAGCCAAGUAUUCUUCUCUUAGAGGUGGUGCACUUUUCAGCACCAAGGAUAGUGGACAAAGAACUUCUCAAACCAUUUAUAAUGAUGUUGAAAUUAAGGCAUGUAGCGCUUGGGGAAUAAAGACAAAGGAAGGUGGAGGAAAGAAGAAGAAAGGCAAGAAAGGCGAAGCUCGGGAUGACACAUUUAAAGCCCAGCCAAUGGAUGCAGCUUCAAAUGGUGCCCCUGCCCAACAAUGA